AAAGGAAGGGAGGCAGAGAGAGAGAGUAUGGGUUUGGAUAGGGGUUGUGGUUACCCAGCAUAAGCUUGCCUUUCCCUUCUGUGACUACACCCCGAGAGGAGGAGCGUGCUGUGCGGCGUAGUAGGCGUCAGGAUCCUCAAUUUCCAACUUAGCAUCUUGGCAGGACGUUUUCCCAAGCAAAGCCCCCCGUCCGACGGGUAAAAAAAAAUAAAACUUCUGCACAGGCAUGAGAGAGACGGCGCAACUCAGAUAAAGGAUCAGCAGAGAGAGAGAACUCCUUCGACGGAUAGAGGGUGGCUGGCUGGCAGCGACAAAAAAUAAUCUGCCUCUUUUUUUUUAUUUCUGCAGUUCAUUUUUUUGUUUUUGUUUUGCUCUUUCCGUUGUCAUCUGCGAGAAGGGGACAGACAGCGGGUUCUGGACGCACGCAGCUCAUAUGCGCUCCGACCGCAGCGCAUGAGAAGACCCGAAAAGAGCGGGGGGGAAAGUGCGCAAGUUUAAGUGGCUUCACACUCUCCGGGCUCCAGCAUGGCAUAUCCUCAGGGCUACUUGUACCAGCCGUCCGCCUCUUUAGCCCUGUACUCCUGCCCCGCGUACAGCACCAGUGUCAUAUCAGGACCCAGGACCGAGGAGCUUGGGAGAUCCUCUUCGGGAUCCGCGUUUGCGCCAUAUGCCGGAUCUACCGCUUUCACCAGCGCCUCUCCGGGCUAUAACUCCCAUUUGCCGUACAGCGCGGACGCGGCGGCGGCUGCCACUUUCACGUCAUACGUGAGUUCUCCGUAUGAUCACACAACGGGAAUGGCCGGCUCUAUAGGAUACCACCCUUACGCUGCGCCCCUGGGCACCUACCCUUACGGUGACCCCGCAUACCGCAAGAACGCAACGCGGGACGCCACCGCCACCCUGAAGGCUUGGCUCAACGAGCACCGAAAGAACCCCUAUCCGACUAAAGGGGAGAAGAUCAUGCUGGCCAUCAUCACCAAGAUGACCCUCACGCAGGUGUCCACCUGGUUCGCCAACGCCAGGAGGAGGCUAAAGAAGGAGAACAAGAUGACUUGGACCCCACGGAACCGGAGCGAGGACGAGGAGGAGGACGAGAACAUCGACUUGGAGAAAAACGACGACGACGAGCCAAACAAGCCCCUCGACAAGGGAGACUCCACAGACACGGAGGCAGAUCACAAACUACUGAACCCAGGGGACAUCGGCUGCGACAGAUUUAAAGAAGAGAGCCAUGGCAAAGAAACAGAUCCGCUCCUGAGUGACUCGGAGUUGAAAGAGCAGGAGGAGAGGACUGCGGAGCUGCUGCCGGAUUCCGCCAAGCCGACCACCUCGUCUCCACCCGCGGUUUCCCGGGGGAACCCGGCCGGUGCGCCACAAGACAAGCCGUCAGAUUUGAGCCUCCCACAGAACACGGUGACCAGCAACGUGACCUCGGUUAUCCACUCGCCCCCUUCAGCCCCCAAACCCAAACUCUGGUCUUUGGCGGAGAUCGCUACGUCUUCAGACAGGUGCAAGGGCAGCGCUGAGGCGCCGCAGGCGUGCCUCGGCUUGGGUCAGAGCGCCGUGCUGGGGACGAACGCGUCUCCGUCCCGUUCCUCCCCCCAGUGCCCGCUCCCCAACAGCACGGUUCUAUCCAGGCCUCUGUACUACACAUCUCCUUUCUACCCGGGCUACACGAACUAUGGUGGCAGUUUUGGACCCCUUCACAGUAACCACGGCUCGGUGACUACGGGCUCCACGGCACAUUUCAAUGGAUUAAACCAGACUGUGUUAAAUAGAGCAGAGGCCUUGGUAAGGGAGAGCCAGAAAGUCAGAGGCCAAACACAGCUAGAUCUUUGUAAAGACUCCCCUUAUGAACUAAAGAAAGGUAUGUCAAAUAUUUAAUACCUGGAUAUUUUCCACUUCACCACGGACUUUUAUUUAUUUUGUGUGGUUGCAUUUAAAAAAAACAAACAAAAACGAACAAGAACAUUGAUGAAGCAAAUUCUGAGAAUAUAGUUAUUUUCUGAGUAAAUGCUUAUCUUUAAUUUUUUUUUUGUUGUUGUUUUUUUUUUUUUUUUAGUUUCUGAAUGGUUAAUCCUAAAAAAAAGUAACAAGAAUGGUCUUAAUUGCUGCAGCCGCCUAUUUGUAUGAAAGACUAACAUGUAUAUUUAAUGUAGCUUUUUGUAUUUAAAAUGGACAACACGCUAUCUUUGAAGUAAAUUAUGGAGAGAGAAAAAA